AUGCAAUUGUACAAGCGCAUCGGACGCUCUGUCUGCUGCGCUCACAAUGCAUACAAUGUCAAUCUAGCACUUCGAGCCACGUUUGGCACCACGACGAAACGAAGCAAUGCCAAUGAAGGCAAAGAUGCGCCAGAAGAAGACGUGCCUUCCCCGUGGGAGAGCGGUAACUGGAAGCCUCUCGAAGCGAAGCCCGAGCCGGAAGAGAUCAAAGGCCUUGAGGGAGAGAUUGAUCGAUCACCACGCGAAGGCGAACCACCAGUGCAUAAACGGCCAAUUUUUACCGGCCCGCGCUUUGUCAGAAGCAAACCCAAGCAUGACAUUUCCAGUGUCAAGAAAGAUGCACCGCACAGUCCUGUGGAUUCUCAGAAGCAACUAGAGGAGGAUGAUCAGGUCUACGACCGACGCAUGCAUUUGGACCGCUUGGAGAACAUACGCUCCACUGCUUGGCAAAAUGGAAUCAGAAUAUUGUCUGGCCGUCUUCAUGAAAUCAGUGUGCAGAGGGCCAAAUGGAUCAAUAAGAUGUCACCUGUCAUGCGAGACAGGUUGAAGGAGAAGGUCUUUAAUUACAUGCCAUGCAAUGUGCUGCCUCAAAAGACCGCCUCUUCUCCGGAAGAGCCUCCGCCAUGGGAGAAGGGCAUCCGCAAGUCCCGAUCGCAGGGCAUUGAGCAGCUUGAGGAAGAGCUCAAAAAAUUUGCGGAAUGGGUACAGCCCACGGCAAAAGAGAGUAUGGCGAGAAAUGCUGUUGCGGAAGCAACCAUGAACUUGGUCAAAAACUCGUUGAAAGACGACGUAUCAAUCAGCACAAAAAUUCAGCUUCAUGGCUCUCAGCAGACAGGACUUGCCCUGCCUUGGUCAGACAUUGAUAUUCAAAUAUGGGAUGGCCGAGAAGCUCCUUUGCCCACGAGCCAUUCAGCACCUCGCCUCCUGCAUCGACUACUUCUUGUGGCCGAUAAUAUGCGAAGCAGCGAUAAAUGGAUACUUGUGACUGUUCGUGACGCAGCCUAUCCCAUUCUGAAUGCGCAGCACAAAGAAUCCGGCUUGGAUGUGCAGAUCGUAGCCGGAAGUGAUUCACACGCCCAACAAGCAGUCGUCAAGCAAUGCCUCGAAGACAUGCCCUACCUCCGCACAGUCUUCUACGCCGUCCGAACAUUCUUCGGCAUGCGCAACUUCAACGACGUCUUCACCGGUGGUUUAGGAUCCUACGGCAUCUUCGUUCUUCUCGUCGCAACACUUCUGCGAACCCCAGUCCAAUUGAUCCAAAUCGGAUCCGACCAGGGAUCUCGACGACCACACGCCAGGGCCUUCAUCACCUUCUUCGAAACCCUAGCCCCAAUACCAUCCAGAGCCAAAGCCAGAUCCAGGUCCAUCAACCUGAAAAAGUUCGCCAUCUCCUGCUUCCCACGCACGAAGUUCCUCAAACACCCACCAUCCCCGGUCCUGAAUAGAUACAUGGCCUUAGCCGAGAAACGCGGGGACAAAAUCCGUUCAGGGCAGUGGAGGAUGUGUCAAAGAAACGAAUGGAUGCCUUACCUCCUUACCCUCCAAGAUCCGGCAAACCCACACAAUGAUCUGGGAAGGAAGACGUAUGCGAUCAAACAUAUUCUAGGGAGUAUUGCGACUUGUGAAAAGGUUUUGCAACACCAUAUCACGGAUGUGAAUCGGGCUUACAGGGCGAGGAAGCCUUCGGAAAGGAAAUCGAUGCUUGGGGUUUUCGUGGGGAGACCGGAUGUUGAGUAUAGGGCACGACGGGAACAGUUGGAGAGGUUUGGGCUGAAGAUCGCGCAGGAGACAGGUCAGGUUUGGAAGACUGACGUGGUUGGUGGGAUUGAGGAGGAGGAGGAGGAGGUGAAUCGUAGGAGGAAGAGGAAUAGGGAGGAGGCUGUGCGUGGCCGGUGA